UUAGCAAACGUUUAGCCACAAACGAGAUGAAAUCCAUUUUUCUAACAAUUUUAUUUGCUUGUCUGACUGGGCGUGUCUACACUGAUGAAGCGUCUGAUCUUAAGCAAAGAUAUCAGCAAGUUCAUUUGACCUGUGCAGCCAGAACGCUUUUCAACCCGGCCGGUAUUAAAUAUUUGAUGGACCUAGAUUUUGCUGCUGCCCAAAGAAUACCAAAUCAUGACUGUUUUGAAAAAUGUGUUUUCAAAAGUAUCCGUACCGUCACACCGACUGGGAUAGACAAUGACAAAAUUUUGGCAAUAGCUGCCAUAUUUCAACCACAGACUGUGCCACAAACUCAAAUUCAGUUAGCUGAAUGUGCCAGCUUGUACGAUCCCAAUAACUUUGACUGUGCGGCAGCCUGGCGAUUAUAUCUUUGUCUGCAGAAUGCUGAAGAUACUCUAAGUCUACCGAAAGCACCAACAGCUUUUCUGGUUCGAGCUGCUUGGGAUUCUGUUUGAAAAUCUAGGGGGGGAAAAUCGACUUUGUCAUCUA